CGGGCGGGGGGCGGGCCGGGGGCGGGGGCGCCGGGCGGCCCAUUUCCUCCUCGGAGCAGGACUUGGGGAGACAAAGCGAGGGCCCGUCGUCUUCUGGCCUCUGGAAUCUUCCAGCGCUCGCCCAGCUCGCCGCAGAAAUGACUGCUGUCCACACAGGCAACAUAAACUUCAAAUGGGACCCCAAAAGUCUAGAGAUCAGGACUCUGGCAGUUGAAAGACUGUUAGAGCCUCUUGUUACCCAGGUUACAACCUUGGUAAACACCAAUAGCAAGGGGCCCUCUAAUAAGAAGAGAGGUCGUUCUAAGAAGGCCCAUGUUUUGGCUGCAUCUGUUGAACAAGCAACUGAGAAUUUCUUGGAGAAGGGGGAUAAAAUUGCAAAGGAGAGUCAGUUUCUCAAGGAGGAGCUCGUGGCUGCUGUAGAAGAUGUUCGAAAACAAGGUGAUUUGAUGAAGAGUGCUGCAGGAGAGUUUGCAGAUGAUCCCUGCUCUUCCGUGAAGCGUGGCAACAUGGUUCGGGCAGCUCGGGCUUUGCUUUCUGCUGUUACCCGGCUGCUUAUUUUGGCUGACAUGGCAGAUGUCUACAAAUUACUUGUUCAGCUGAAACUUGUAGAAGAUGGUAUCUUGAAACUGAGGAAUGCUGGCACUGAACAGGACUUGGGAAUACAGUAUAAAGCCCUGAAACCUGAAGUGGAUAAACUGAACAUUAUGGCAGCCAAAAGACAACAGGAACUGAAAGAUGUGGGCCAUCGUGAUCAGAUGGCUGCAGCCAGAGGAAUCCUGCAGAAAAACGUUCCAAUCCUCUAUACUGCAUCCCAGGCAUGCCUACAGCACCCUGACGUUGCAGCCUACAAGGCCAACAGAGACCUGAUAUACAAGCAGCUGCAACAGGCAGUCACAGGAAUUUCUAAUGCAGCCCAGGCCACUGCAUCAGAUGAUGCCUCUCAGCACCCGGGUACAGGAGGAGGAGAACUGGCCUAUGCCCUCAACAACUUUGAUAAACAAAUCAUUGUGGACCCCUUGAGCUUCAGUGAGGAGCGCUUUAGGCCUUCCCUGGAGGAGCGCUUGGAAAGUAUCAUUAGUGGGGCUGCCCUGAUGGCUGAUUCGUCUUGCACACGUGAUGACCGGCGUGAGAGAAUCGUGGCAGAGUGUAAUGCUGUCCGCCAGGCCUUGCAGGACCUACUCUCGGAGUACAUGGGCAAUGCUGGACGUAAAGAAAGAAGUGAUGCACUCAAUUCUGCAAUAGAUAAAAUGACCAAGAAGACCAGGGACCUGCGUAGGCAGCUCCGCAAAGCUGUCAUGGACCAUGUUUCAGAUUCAUUUCUGGAAACCAACGUUCCACUUUUAGUAUUGAUUGAGGCUGCGAAGAAUGGAAAUGAGAAAGAAGUUAAAGAAUAUGCCCAAGUUUUCCGUGAACAUGCCAACAAAUUAAUUGAGGUGGCUAACUUGGCCUGUUCCAUCUCAAACAAUGAAGAAGGUGUAAAGCUUGUUCGAAUGUCUGCAAGCCAGCUAGAAGCCCUCUGUCCUCAGGUUAUCAAUGCUGCAUUGGCUUUAGCAGCAAAACCACAGAGUAAACUGGCCCAAGAAAACAUGGAUCUUUUUAAAGAACAGUGGGAAAAACAAGUCCGAGUUCUCACAGAUGCUGUCGAUGACAUUACUUCCAUUGAUGACUUCUUGGCUGUCUCAGAGAAUCACAUUUUGGAAGAUGUGAACAAAUGUGUCAUUGCUCUCCAAGAGAAAGAUGUGGAUGGGCUGGACCGCACAGCUGGUGCAAUUCGAGGCCGGGCUGCCCGGGUCAUUCAUGUCGUCACCUCAGAGAUGGACAACUAUGAACCAGGGGUCUACACAGAGAAGGUGCUGGAAGCAACCAAGCUGCUCUCCAACACAGUCAUGCCGCGUUUUACUGAGCAAGUGGAAGCGGCUGUGGAAGCCCUCAGCUCAGACCCUGCCCAGCCCAUGGAUGAAAACGAGUUUAUCGAUGCCUCCCGCCUGGUGUAUGAUGGCAUCCGGGACAUCAGGAAAGCGGUGUUGAUGAUAAGGACCCCUGAGGAGCUGGAUGACUCUGACUUUGAGACGGAAGACUUCGAUGUCAGAAGCAGGACAAGUGUCCAGACAGAAGAUGACCAGCUAAUAGCUGGCCAGAGUGCCCGGGCGAUCAUGGCUCAGCUUCCCCAGGAGCAGAAAGCAAAGAUUGCGGAACAGGUGGCCAGUUUUCAGGAAGAAAAGAGCAAGCUGGAUGCUGAGGUGUCCAAGUGGGACGACAGUGGCAAUGACAUCAUCGUGCUGGCCAAGCAGAUGUGCAUGAUCAUGAUGGAGAUGACGGACUUCACCCGAGGUAAAGGACCACUCAAAAACACAUCAGAUGUGAUCAGUGCCGCCAAGAAAAUUGCUGAGGCAGGCUCCAGGAUGGAUAAGCUUGGCCGCACCAUCGCAGACCAUUGCCCAGACUCAGCCUGCAAGCAGGACCUGCUGGCCUACCUUCAGCGCAUCGCCCUUUACUGCCACCAGCUGAACAUCUGCAGCAAAGUCAAGGCCGAGGUGCAGAACCUUGGUGGGGAGCUGGUCGUCUCUGGGGUGGACAGCGCCAUGUCCCUGAUCCAAGCCGCAAAGAACUUGAUGAAUGCGGUGGUGCAGACAGUGAAGGCAUCGUACGUGGCCUCCACCAAAUACCAGAAGUCCCAGGGGAUGGCGUCCCUCAACCUCCCUGCUGUGUCGUGGAAGAUGAAGGCGCCUGAGAAAAAGCCCUUGGUGAAGAGAGAGAAACAGGAUGAGACGCAGACCAAGAUUAAAAGAGCAUCUCAGAAGAAGCACGUGAACCCCGUGCAGGCCCUCAGUGAGUUCAAAGCUAUGGACAGCAUCUAAGGCUGCCCGGGCCCUCCUAAAGAUCCCUCAUCGUUCUUCACUCACGUAUAUUUGCUAAAUAGAACACUGAUGUUAGAUCCCAUAGGGAAAUAGAUUCUUGAGACCUGGCCAACCUGGUGACUUUUGUAAGGACAUACUUGUGUUUAAGUCAUAGAAUUCAGGGGCAUAUAUCUAGCUAUAUUUUUUAUACUCCUAAAUAAUUAAAAGUAAAAAUUCCAUAACCAAAGAGACUCCCACAUGAACGUGUUAGUAACACUGUUGACCAGGUUGAGAUGCCUGUCCUCCCAGUGGUGGCAGCAGUAGCUUUAGGAGAGGGGAGCUGCCUACAUCUUGGUUCAGGGAGGGGCUUCCCCCAGUUCUGGCCACUUGGCUGGUAGUAAAUGACCAAAGACGACCCGGAGGAAGCAUCCCGGGCGUCUUAGGAGGCCUUGGAGAAAGGAACAUUCCCAGACAGGUUUUGAGAGGGACAGACCACACAAAACUAAUUAAAACAAUGUAUCACAAAGAGAAUGGAUUGCUCUCUUUAUAACAUGAAAGGAGGAUUUUAAUGCAUGGUUACAAUUACUAAUGUACUCUGCUGUGGGACAUUAAUAAAGUUGCUUUUUUUCAGGCUAGAAUGUUGUGAUGCCAUAAUCAGAACAUGCUCUUUUAACUUCCUUCAGCUUCCAAAUGCAAAUUCAUCAUUGGGUUCACUUCUAAUAAUUGCAGCGCUUCCUGCCUUGGGCUUAGGAGAAGCCUGACAAAAUAAUAGUGUUUGCUUAGGCAAUAAUUUAGACUUACCUUAUUUGUGAUUACUAUAGCGAUUACUAUAACUACAAGGUAUAAUUUUACUUUAUUUAAAUUUUAUGAAUUUGAAUGUUUUUUACACUAACUUUUCCGAAUAAAGUCCACUAUGAAACCAA